ACCUCUCCCCUCCCCCAACAGUCACCGAUUGUCUUUCGUUUCAAGGAAACGCUCAAGUUGAUUAGAAGUCUUUCCAGCUUCUUUCAUGCCUUUGCGAUGGCGUUCCUGCGAAAGAAAACCCUUUAUUGCAUCUCAAACGAUGAUAUGGACGAAGAAUUCCGUUUGGCUUUUAGUGUAACCUGUAUUGUGACUGCAAGUUUAUCUUCGUAUGGGGCACUCGUCCAACUUAAAAGUUGGUACAGACAGCUCAAAGACUACCAAUCUAGGCGACUUCCGUCGUCCAACCCUCCUGUGGUUUUCUCGCUAGCCUUGGCAGAUCUCUUUGCCUGCAUAGGAGUGAUAGCAAUGGCAGGAUUGUUCCUUUGGAUGGAGCCCCCUAACAGGGAUUCAAUCAAAAAUGUUGAUAUACCAGCUAAAGCAUGGUACUGGAAGAUAGGAGUGCCAACUGAGGCAUUCACCAUGUUUUCCUAUGUAGCUUCCUACUUCUGGACGCUGGCUUACUCUAUAGACAUCUGUUUGCAAGUUUAUGGCAAAGAUAAAUGCAUCAAUAUGUGGACAUACUCUGUGAUUUGCUGGCUCUCUCCCCUUUGGCUGGUCAUUUGGGGUGAAUAUGGAUUCCUGGAAAACACCAUUAACCCACGAUAUUGUUCGUAUGGGGAAAAAGGUCUUCUCCACUACAUGGUGUGCUUUGGACCACUCCUUAUUGUUACAGUGCUACUACCUAUAGUCUACUUUAUUGCCUUCAGAAAAAUACAACGCAACAUACGCGGAGCGUUCGCAACCUACACUAACGCCGAAAGACAGAUUCUCACAGCUGUUAAGUGGAAAUUCUCCUUUAUCAUUCUCGUUUUCAUGUUUUGUUGGCUGCUAAAUGUAGGGGAUGGUAUUCAUGAUGGUUUCAAUACGGAAAAUGAUGACUUUGGCGUGCACAAGAAUUUGUGGAUUGUCGAGGCGGUGGUAAAUCCGUUACAAGGCUUCUUCAACUGUAUUGUGUAUGGCCAUGGAAGAGAGAUGCUAUGCUGCUACAGACAGAACCACGUGGAAGAGUCUCAAUGCCUUCCAUGGAAUGCCAACACACGAACAUCUGACACCAGUGAGAGUUUCCUCGUGAACAGCCAAGAUAUCUUGGAAUACAGUAAAUCUGCGUGUGUAAGACCACUGUUGGGCGGUGAACAGAGACGUAGUUAUGGAUACAUGGGCAAUGCCUCACCAAUGGCAAACAUAGACUUUGUGCCCAAAUUAUUGGGAGAACCGCGAAGGACAUAGCAACUUUAAGAGUUGUGGCAAUGAAUGUGUGAAUAUGCUUACCAAGCUUGUUCUUCUGAUUUUUGAUGCCCUGUGCAGUUUUUAGGUGGCGAAGGCGGUCUUAAAACCUCCAAAGAAUAGUAUUAAUCUGUCUCUUUAUGCAUGAAAGAGCCAAGUUUGUGUCGCACCUGGUCACAGCUCAGUAGGUGUUUGUUAUUACACCCACAUCAUUUGAUUUUAGAGAAACCCAUGGUUUUACUUUCUGAAGUCAGUUUGUUUCCAUUUUAUUCAGAAUGUAUACAUAUUUUAUUAAAAAAAAUACAUUUAAGUCAAAACAGCAAUUUAACAGCAAUUUAGUUACAAUCAUGUAUUUUCAUUAAGAGAGCUAUGUAAUGUACAUAGGUAACCCUAUAUUGUGUAUUCUCACGCGCAGCUGUUCUUUCUGAGAGCGUUGCGUGAUCGACUAUAUGCAGGAGACUAUAUAUUGUGAGUAAGCAUAGGGGCGGAUCUAGCUUUUUGCUAAAGGGGGGGUUUGGCUCAGUAACAAAGGGGGGAGAGUGUAAUUUAUAUGGUUACAUAUGGCUUUCUAACAGCCCAAAAGGGGGGGGGGGGUUAAACCCCCUAAACCCUCCCCCUAGAUCCGCUACUGAUACAUGCCUUAUAACCUCAUCUAUGUAUAGAAAAUCCCUAUAAAAAUUAUUUGAUUUUGAAAGAUUGGUUAUUAGCUAUUCUUAGUUUAAUGGGACUAUUUUUUAGCACAAGGAAAAUAAGUACAACAUCUUUAAAAAAAUAUAUUCCUUUUCUUUGUUUUACUGAAAACUACAAAAUCGUUAAAAAUUGUAGGUAUGACACUGAUAAAUUGUUUCUAUGUCCCCUUGUCUCUAUGUUCACUGGCUUCUUGGCAGGUUACACACAGUAAUAACACUAGUUUAUCAUCUGUUUAAAAAUGUACAAUUAUGUGUACUCAUAAAGACAAACUAAGCUA